GGUUAUCUUAUUGCAAGAAGGAGGAAACGUUUAUUUGCUGUGAAGCUUUACGAAGCAUCGCAGCAAAUGUUUUCUUCUUCGAUUUGUCUUCAUUCUUCAUGUCGCAGACUUCCGCAGUUCGCUCAUUCAUCGUUCCCAUGCCCACCACCUCUGUUCCUUCGCUCUUGUCGCGUUUGCUUCACCUUGUUCACCGAUUCCGUAUCACUUCCUUUGCAUUCUUUCUUCGUUCGCCCUCUACAUCAUUCCCUUCCGACUCCCGCAUGCGAGACGGCAAGGUCCUUCCUGGGACGCGCGCGCGCAUUGUGUACGCCGCCGCUCCAGCGAACCGCGGCGUGAAUCGGCCAGUUCCGGUGUUGCAGCGACGUGUCGUCGUCGAGCGUAAGUGUGCGUCGCAGCACCCAGCCGCGAGCUCCCCCUCCGCGACUCCGGAGACGCCUGGCUGCAUUCGAAACCUUCGACAGAGGUCCGUGGAAGCAACGCGUGCCUCCAUGGUCGCUGUACUGUGAGACGUGUGUACGAUAGCCAGCGCCACCAGGGACGAGAGCGCGCAGAAACGUCCCAGGCACGUGUAGUGAUCGCAGCGCAGUUUGCGGUGACUCAGUGACGGAUAGUAUACGUCUUGCCUCGUCUCGGAGGCAACGUUGUGUUCGGUAUCCAGGACACUCGGUCAUCGCGUCUGUACUUGUGUGUUCUUAGCUGGCUCGGUCGAGACGCACGAUCGUCGACAGCUGGAAUGUCCCAAGCCCGAGGUGUUCCGCGCAGAGAGUUCGUGCACUCUCGAUGUAACCGCAGGAUGACAGAGGCGCAAGAGCGGAGAAGGAAGGAGUCGGUUCAUCAUUCAACGAGUCGGGCGUAAGAUGUUUAGGAGUGCCAGCAUGAACCUGGGCGCAGUGGCGUUGCCGGGAUGCCAGGUCAUCCUGUGCUUCAUCAACAUUGUCCUGCAGCUGGUCUCACUGCCUCCGUCCUACUGGGGAACCUACAUUGCAAAGACUGAUCAAGGAGCCAUUCUCGAGCGUGGCCACUUCGGAUUGUGGUACGUCUGCAGCGAGCGCGUGCCGUUCUUCUUUGAGGACUGCGAGGCUCCCAUCACGUACCUGAGGCUGACCGGACUCAGCACGGCCGCCGGAGCAUUGGCCAUCAUUCACCUGCUCAUACUGUUCGGAGCUCUACCGCUCAUCGUCAUACGCUUGGUCCAGUCUAUUCGAAACAUCGAAGACGGGUGCCUCGAUGUGCGAUUCCUGUGUUUGGCCAAGACUACUGUCACUGUUGUUGCAUUGAUCCUUGCGGUGAUUGUGGUAAUCCUUGGCAGCAUGGGCACAGAUCAGCCAGCCUACUAUGAAGUGCAACAAGGAUGGGCAUUCUGGAUUCAGGUUGUCAUUCUGAUCAUCGACAUCUUCCUUGUGCUGGUUGGCGCACUGGAGAACAUUCAACUUUGGAAGCUGCAGAACAUGCAAGAAGCGGCAAACACAGGGACGAGCAGCUACCAGGACGACUUUUCUGAGACGUACAGUAAUCCCGGCUUUGGCCGACAACCCGUGUACGAUGUGCAGCAACGCGCGUACGACACCGAGCUUCCAGCACCUCCACCUUCUCCACCCGCAGAGUCGGAGGACUCGGACUUCAACGGAUCGACGGCCGGAUUGCCACCACCACCUCCCCUACCGCCGCCAGGCGACAACGAUAAUGGGUACCCGGAACCCGACGCUGGUUCCAGGAAUGGUGCCGACCUGACCUAUCAGAAUCCCACAUUUGAGGACAGCUCACCGACCACUCAGAGGAGGACUGCCAACAAUGAACCGCGCUAUGGCAACCUCUGAAGUGCCAGUGAUUGUGGUGGACCGGCAAGGUUUGAACGCUGGGCCGAUCAGCCCAAAGCUGUCUGAGCAGAGGGGUGUGAAAGACUAAAGGCUCUGUAUGUAGCAGACACCCUUCAAAACAAGUUAUGCUAACGUGAAUUUUCUGUUAAGCUGAACACAAUGGGGACCUUGGCUUUGGUGAUCAGUUAUCAAGGUAAAUUUUGACAAGAGCAGAUUUCUGCUGAACGUAUAACGGUUUCCAGCAAGUACGGACGUGAGCACAAGUAAGUAGAAAUGGACAGGACAACGCUGCACACCAGCGUUGUCCUGUCCGUUUCUACUUGUGGAAACCAUUAUACGUUCACCAUGCACCAACUGGCCCAGCAAACUACUCUACUAAACAGAUUUCUGCUGUUCCUUUAUGUUUGAUUUAAAGGAGCAUUGGAGCAUUGUCAUGACACCUUCAACUUGUCAUUUUUUGUGUAAAUGAAGGUUUAAACUCCUUAAACCCCAGAAAAUAAAAUACCGCAAGGCAUCAGAGUGCCCUAUAUAGUUUACCAUAAUACUUGUCUUCACGAACUAGUUUCGGUUUCAGUAACCCGGAGGUAGAUGUGCUGUAACGUCUUGAUGCCUUGGAUCCGUCCUUGUGUCUUUCCCAUGGCAGGGACAGGCUACUAAUUCAAAAAACAAUCGUCUGUCCCUCUCCGGGAUCCUCUUGGCCUUUCUUUUCGCACAUUGCGAUGCCAGCUGUGUGCUGCACGUGAUGUCACCAGGGUAAAAGCUGUCGAUUGGUCGGUUGACUGCAGAGGAUAGUGCCAAUUUAACAAGAGCCAGCUGUGUCUUAUGGAAAGGGAGAGGUGGUCGCCCAUCGUGUACCACUGUUCUGUGAAGCUUCCAUUCAGUUGGAGUCACGCGGAGAGCAAUUAGGGGUGGACAAUAGAGGAGCUUUUCUGUUGGUGCGUUGAUGCGACCUGUAGCUUUUGCUGCACUAAAUGGGAUUGGUGAGAGUACAUAAUGAGGAGGCGAAAGAUUAAAUGGGGAGGGUAGUGUAAGCGAGUGAGAACCAGUAGCGGCCGCAUUCUCGUUUGUAAGUGCUUGCAGCACUCCUGUUACUGCACCAUUUCAAACAAUUCUUGCAGCUCUAUGUUCAUUGUAGUCUGUUGCAUAGCUGACACUACAUAUAAGAAAUAUUUGAGCUCAGAGUGGUUUAGAGCCCUUUAAGACAGUGUUUCCCUUUAUGCUUGCUCCCUGCUGUAAAAUUAUGGCAUGCUUGACACACGAACAACAUGGGGUAAAGUUUUUACAAUUUUAAUAAUCUGUGUCAGUUCUCCGUUAAAAGUCCUUUAAAAGUUGUUUAAACAUUUCUUAAGGUCAGUACUCGUUUAAAGGGAGCCUGCUGUACAGGCAUGUUGUGGUCGCAUUUAUCUGUUCAGCGUCUUGGCUGUUGUGAUGAAAUUUGUAAAGAUGUUGCUUGGAAAUGUUUGUGUAUAGAAAUGAAUGAGACUCUCCUGGUGCAAGUGCCCAAUAUUUGAAGUGCAAUUAACGCUCGCAGGAUCUUUUAUGCUGGCAUUGUACUACUCAUUGCCGGUUCCCUCUGCGGAACUUUCUUCAGUGUUCAGAGGCUUCCUACUUCCAGUGGAUGGACAGCCAAUCUGCCUGUGUCGUUUCCGCUGGAAUACCCGGUGAUCAAGGCAACAACUGCACAAGCCAAAUGUCGAAGCCAUAAAUUGUGCCGAUUUGAUGUUGCCAGCAUCUUGCCUUUGAUGAACUUUUCUAUCACUGACUUUCAAUUUGAAGAGUCGUUACGGUAGUUAUGAUGGUGACAACUAAAAUGAGCAGAACCUAACAAUCGAGCACAGUGCGCUCUUUAGGUACAAUGAGAACUGUUGACAACAAACAUUGUCAUGGCAGCAAUGGAGAUGGUUGAAUUGUCUGGGCUGACUUCAGUCAACAGGUUGUAAAUCGGGGUUAGCCAAAUUAGCUCGAGAUUAUUGUAGCCAAGCUGCAUGAAAGAUUGUCCAAGUGAGGGCAUAUAAUGGCCAUAGUAUGCAUUAGUGAUUUUGGGUUACAGCCAUCCACAACAAUGAGAAUUGCAGGAUCUGUCUAGUACCCUUUGUAUUGGUAAAAAAUGGAACAAUCCAGUGAUGCGAGUUGAAGCUACUCUUUGGUACUACACCGACUUCCUACUUUAACAAUGUGUGUCAUUCAUUAUUGUAAAUUUUUACAUGCUGGUUCAGAAUCGAAAAACACUGUCUGUGACUGCAUGGAAGCAUUUGUACAAGUUGUCCUCCUUUCAAAGGACUAUUUUGAGUGUCCUUGGCUUUCCUGCCAUGCGAACAGGACAGCGGGGUCACAGGCGGAGGGAGGUGUGGAAGUGGUCGACAAUCAAGCUGGAACAAUUGUUUUGACAAGGAGUCUUGUCUUGACUCCGAUUAACACAAAUCUCCUCACUGAAACAUUGUUUCCAGUUUGAGGCCUCUCUUGCUUGCCCAUUUGGUCACUUGCCAUGCGAGGUUGAAGCUAUGCAUUGUCAAAGAGGGCCCAGUGACGCUUGUGGCCUCUCAAAGCCUUUGGGUGCUUACAAUGCGCUCCCAACAUUUAGACAAGUUUUGGGGAGUUCCUAAAUGUCAACGGCACAGCUGCUAGAGGCAAGGUUGAAAUGUUUUAUAGAACAUGGUUUCCACAAAAAUGUCGUAUGUCAGCCCAGUUUUAACUUGCAAUCAUUAAACGAGUGCAACGAUAGGUUGGUUGUAUAUGCAGGCACACAUAGCACAUCCGAAAUCCAGGCUGUGUGCCCUGGUGCUGGAAAUCGACCUUUUCCCGGAUUCUGGUCCCGUAAGCUUUUGAGCCUGGCUGCACAUGGGUGGCCAUUCUGUGUUUACAUUUAAGCAUGAAUUGUUCAAGAGAAUAUUAAUUGUAGCACCCUCUUGUUCCCUAAUUGCCUCUCGUGAUGUUUUUUUUUCUCACAUUGGCCAUGUGAGUCCUCUCUCCUCAUCACUACACAUUGGUGACGUCAGCUUGAAUGGCUGUCAAAUUUUGUGUGUAUUUCUAUUAUGUAGGUAACGGGAGAAACCGACAGAAAUGUCAGUCGAAACAAGCCAAUAGGGACGUGCAGGCAGAACAGUGUGAUGAUAGCGUAAUGUGCCAGCUGCCUUAUAAGGUGUAGAGUAGUAGCAUAAUAUUUUUCUUGCAUCCUCAGCUAGCUUUCUUAAACAUGCGGCUAUGCACUAGCUACUUUUCAAGCAUAGAAACUCACUUUGCAUACAUAGAACCCAAGCAACUGAUUCAUAAUUCAUUCAAGCAAUUAAUUCAUAAUGUAAUAGUCCUUGUACCAAUCAUGUUUUAGUAAGAAUCAGACACUUCUGAUUCAUUGUUUCUGAUUCAUUGUCGUUAUUUCAUUUCACUGAGUCUCUUACUUAUUUAAUGUUUAUCAGAUGUGUUAGUCCACGAAAGUUGUGGCUGGUUUGGCCGACUGAAUACUGGAGCGUUUCUUUUUCUCUAGACUCCUAUCUUGUACUGUUGUCAUCAUAUACUGCAACAGCACAGCAAGAGGGACCAAAGUGCGCCCAUCUUUUCUGACAUUUGAAUCUUCAAACGUUUGCCACGGUGUAGUAUACUUUCAUAUCAAAUGUGUUUCAAACGUGUUCGCAGCGAUGUCAGUCGUGGCUGAUAUAACACCUGUACGGGGUUGUGAAAAUGCAUGUCUUUCCUGUAGUGUGGAAGCGGUAGCUUUAUGAAAAGUCAAUGCAACUAAAUAAAAGUUGUAGUUUGCAGUCGCAAGUGCAGCGGCGCCAUCUUUCUGGUGUUGAAAGAAAGAUUCAAAGUUGCACAACUGAUUAGUGGGUCUUGGCGCACUUGAAGCAUGUUGCCACGACAUGUGACUCAUAAGUGAGUAACGACGCACAGGGAUGGGUGGGCGUGAAAAUGUGCUGCCAAAGGGAAUGUAUUAAUUUAUAAAGGCGAGCUGCUUUUGAAGCAGCUUGUUUGAAUGUGUGCGAACUUGAAUGUGUGCUUGAGCAUAAGUUCUGUUUCCUUGCGGUGUUUUUGUGUGUUGCAGUGUUUUCAUUUUGUAUAAGCAAGGAUGUUUUUGAUGGCGACUUAAGGUACUGUGGUUGUGGUUUGCACAGUUACGUGUGGUUUUGUCUGAGAAAUCUGAAAGAAGAUUUUUUGUUUACUUUGCCUUUCUUUUUGCUUAAAAUUUACCAUGUGACUUAAUUUUUUGGUCCAUGUCAUUUAAUGAAACACUUGGCACCAUUUGCCUUGCUUGCUCUAGCAUUUAGUUGCCAAAGGGCAGUGGUGCCAUUGUAGCAGCUGGUUUCUCCGAUGGUAUAGCCUGUAUAUGCCAGUGUUAUUAAAAACUUAUCCAGACAAAACUGCAAGCACAAAGGGCAAGCAUUUUACUUAACUAUACAGGUCAAGAAACAUGAUAUCUUUGUGAAAUUUAAAUGAUAAUGAAGUAGUGGUAAGCACAAAAAAUUGUUUCAAUGUUGUUUAAAUAAGAACGCUGACCAUUGUGUGCUAGUUAAUCCUUUGGCAUUUUGUAGUUAAAUGUCACCUAGGCAGCUCUCUAAUGGCUCUGCAAGAGUGUUUGCUGUGAUUGCAAGUUUAUUGUUUCGAUUAAGAGAAGGAAUUAGGCACAUUUUCUUGUACUGAGCCCUUUAUUUGAAACUUGAAAAAGUUGCUGUUGACACAGUGUGUCUUGGUUUUGCCUGUUAAUGUAAUCUAUUGAUAAUAGUGUGUGUGCGUUGCAAGUAGCGCACUUGCCUUGACAACUUUAUUGCUGGCUUUUAUCACUGGCUUGAUAAUGUUAGAACAUCUCAGAAAACUGGAUUUGGUGCUCGUAAUUGCCGGGUUAGUCUUUUAGGGGUGACAAUUUGUGGAGUCUUGUGCAAUGUGCGAGACUGCAUGCAGUGAUAGCCAAGCACAUGCUUUUUUGUGAACUGCUUUUAACUCUUUUGUUACUGCUACAAAUGUGCUCAUUUUCAGUGCUUUUACGUUUUAACAUAUUAUUUCAAGACAUAGUAGUCGUAACGUAUAGUGCAAUACAUAAAAUUAUAGCUGAUAACUGGUGUUUUGAAUGAAUGUAUAGCAGUAAUAAUUGCUGAGAGUGUUCUUGAAAAUCUUCGUGUGGAACUUCAAAGAAGCGCCUUAACGGACCACAGAUAAAAGCAAUAAUUUGCUAUUUUUAACAUAAAUACUGAGAGUAAAAAAAUCUGGAAUACAGUCAUAUUUCAUUUAUUUGAUCUAGGGACUGACGAUACUGGUCGAAUUAUCCACCAGUUCAAAUUAAACAAAAAGCUGUAAAAUCUCCGAAACACACCAUUGAUUCACUUGGCAGCAUUAGCAUGUAAUAAAGUUAGCUUUGCCACAGUACAGUCGUGCAGUGAAACAUACCAAGCAAGGAAACUGUCAUGGGCCAUGUUUGGCACAAUUUUGGCACGUGUCCCUUAAUUACACACGCACAUGCACCGUCUCCUGUAGCAGUAUGAGCUCUGAGAUGCGUAAUAAGGCGACUCCCAGAAAAUGUAAUGAAUUAUACGUUAACUGAACAGUUGAAUGCCUUUUUUUUUCGUUUGGCUUAAAUGUGAGGAGAGAUUUUAAAAAUUUUCUCAUUCCAAAUUUUGGGUGUCGGUCUAGAACUGAGCACGACCUAGAGUUGAGGGUAGCCUAGUGUUGUGUAAAUAUAGUACAUUGCCUUCCACCGAAAAAAAAUUGCUGUAUGUGACUGCGAAGCCUGGUUUGUUAUUAUUUAUUAGAAGAGUGUAUAUGGGGGUCUACGAGUCCAGCCGAGCAAGUAUGGGGGUCAGUUGCAUCUUAAUAAUACGAUCUAUAAAAGAUUACAAAAUGUUUUUUUCACGUAAAAUAUGAGUGUAGCCUAUGCUGAGUGCAAGAAUAUAUUUUGCUGUCGCCAUACAAGAUGUACACGUCAGAGUUCGCUGAAUCAGGCGUGUUUUUUGUGCCAACAAACUAUGGCCACUGAAAAAAAACUCCACACAUUUCCUGCUUGUGUCUGCCACAUAACCCGGUGAUGAGCGAAGCAGCGUGUGCUUUUAUUCUGAUGGGACUUCAACAACAUUGUUAGUGCAGGAUGUGAAGUCAAGCGUGUAUAAUAUUUGUCACAUAAUUGGCCGAUGAGGAAAAGAGCGUGAAUAUGUUUUUAUGCUGACAGUACUACAAUCCUUCACUCUUAAUGCAUUUCGUAACCAUGUAAAAGUUGUUUCACAGAAAGUGUUUAUGUACAUGUGCCAGAAGUUAUUGCGUCUAGUCUCGAUGCUAUUCAUCGUUGUCACUUACUGCUUGUUUUGUUUGCGGAAGCUUCUUCAUAACUGCCAUUUCUUUGUGCCCUAAACUGUAGCAGCUGUCAUUUAUCAGUGCUCAUCUUUUUUUUUUCAUCUUACUGCACUUUUGGUGUGAGAACAAUGAUUCACUGGUUAGUAUGGUCCUGAUUUUGCACCAGAAAUAUUUUGCCAUGAAAUUGCAUUUCCGGAGUCUGUGAGUCUGUGGAUAAGUGCUGGUGGAUAAAUGCUGGAAGAGUUGAAUCUGUGUGUAUAGAUGGAUGAACUGUGGUGGGGUUUGAAUGCACGGACGCUGACAGUUGCUUAGUUUUUCUUUUUUCUGUGUGGUAGCAUUUAUUUAAAUGUGAUAGGCAACUAUGGUCAACCUGGAACAGUUAAAAAUUUAAGUUAGCUAUCGAGCAGCAUCGAAUUAGUUUAGUCUGUUCAAGAACUAUGUUCAUUCAUUGUUUAAAGGGACACUAAAGUGAAGAAUGAUUUCUUCUGCAUCAGUAAAUUACCAUUCUACAACACCGAAAACACCACUCUUGCAACGAUAAGACGUUUGGUAAGCCAGAAAAACGCAAGAACGAAAUACAGGUGGCGACGCCUACUUAAGUUCCCACACCUGGGGGCUGUGAUGUCUGGAUUUUUAUGGCAUCUUCUAGGGCCUACUAAUUACAUAUAGCGGUACAAAUUGACUACAUUGUGUUCUAAAGGAACCAAAUAAUAAACAUGGCAAGUUUCGGGAACCUUUAUUUAGCCAACGCGGCCCAAAUGCAAAAACAUACUUUGAAAUCCCUGACGUCAUGCUGACGUACCGGCGCUGGGGUUUCGGCGCAAAUUCAAAUACUGAUACUUGGCCUUUCAUUUUCUCAUCUAAUAAUCAAACUAUUUUUUUGAAAUUACUGCCUACUGGGUUCUCAAACAAUGCUUCAUUAGUCUAAAUUGAUUUAUUGUUUCGCUUUAGUGUCCCUUUAAGAACUAUGUUCAUUUGUUUGCUGGAUUAACUAUAGAGCCAAACUUGCCUUUCUUGUGUUUUAUGCUGAAAUGUCAGCACCAGUAUGUUGGUGUGAUGUCAUGGGAUGUGAAAUAUUGUCUCCAACUUGGGCAAUUUGGGAGAAGAAAACUUUUUUCAAACUUGAUAGGGUCUAGUCCUUGGUUUCUUUAAAGUGCGCCGUAGUCCUUGCUUGCUGAUAAACAAUUAACCACACUCAAGUAGGCAGAGUCCAAAUCCCCGACGUCACAGCGUACUGGCGUACAGAAACUUGAGAAUGUGUUGCUACCCAUCUUACCUGGCUUACCAAGCUUUAUUUUUUUUUUUGAUGGUAAGAGUGACCAUAUUGCUGCUGAAGUUUUAUACAGAGAUUUUCUAAACCGGCCUUUUUAAUGGCCUUUUAAUUCAAGCAAGUCACAGCUUAGGUUAGUUUGCUAUGUUGUCAAAGCAUUUUGAAGCUGCCUAACAAACAAAUUUUUUGGUUAACUUAAAACUCAUAUUUCUUAGAGCUAGAAAUAUAUGGCAAAAAAUAACUGAUAAGGGGACAUUCAUAAAUAUCGAAUACUAGUUGAAGCAUACCCUUGUUUAAUAAUUCUGUGCAUAUUGGCAGGUGCCAUCAUGCCAUUAAUCUAGUUGUAGUAAGGCAACCUAUCACUUACAUAUUCACAUACCUAUCAAGGUCAUGCAUGCAUUCUGUUUGAAAUUGUCGAGGUGCAUACGUGUGAGUUUUCUUGCAUGUAGUUUUGUUUUUAAGUGCAUUGAAACCUGCAAAUAGCAAACCUGGUAAUAACAAACCAUCAGGUGUAAUGAAGUAAAUUUGAAAUGUUUCUCGCCGAAUCAGCAUGUAACAAAUAUAUGUUGAUAAUGAAUAUCAAGUAUAACAAAGAUAUUUUUGUGUCACACACCACUUAAUCAUAAGGAGAUUUGGCUGUAUGUCCUGUUCAAACAUUGGAUAAUUCAGGCAAAAUUCUGUAGCUCAUUAGAGUUUAAAUUAGGGAGUGUCAACUGCGCUUGUGAAUGUAGUAUAGUGCUGUCCAAGCAGCAGUAGCGCAUCUGUUCAUGUACAUUCCAGUUUGCAUUAACGUAAAGGUGCACCAAACACAAUGUCUCGUGAAGUUUGUAGAUUUUUUGUGCAACCUCAACAUCCCAUGUUAUGCGUCACUGGUGGCACCUGUGUACUAAAGGCAUAAAUUAAAACACGAAUAAAUCAAUAUUGACUAAGCUGUGUUAUUGAGUUUCCAUCUUUGCCAGCAUUUGUAACAGUUACUUAAUUCGAGCUUUACAAUGUGCAUUUGGGUCCCCACUAUACUUGGUGACUGCAGAACUAUUGCAUAUAGCACCUGCUUGUAGUUAUGAGGAACAAGUGUAGGGAUUAGUUUUUAUUGUUCACGUUUCAAUUUAUGCUGAUGGUACGGUUCUGUUAAAGUUUUUUCCUGUUGCAUAUGUAAUACUUUCUAUUUGUUUUGGAAAAAAACAUUCUGUUGAAAGUUAUGAGAUUCCUUGUUAUUCACUGCAGUUGUGCCCAUAGAGGUGUUUUUUGAUAUGUUCCCGGUUCCAUGGUUAAUUGUGUUGAAAGUGCCUUAUGUUAUUGAAUUAUGGAGACUCACAGCCCUUUUGAUGAUUCAAAGUACUACGUACUAUUUUACACAAAUAUUUCUGUUACUAUGUUUGCUAUGUCCACUUAUGUAUUGGAACACCCCCUGCAAAUCCACUUAUCUUCAGGAUAAUGUGUUCAUCGUCACUUUACUUUUUCAAGUUAAUCAUGGAGCAAAUUUAAAAGCAGCAUUUGCUAAUUCCUCGAAAUGCGUAUUUUACAUGCUGUAGAAUGUUUUGUUUUGUAAGUGAAGUUUUUGUGAGCCAUUAUGGAUGCAUGUGGGGUCCCUUUUAUAAGGUGUAGCGUAUUGACCUUUGACAAAAUUCUGAUAGCAUUGACAAUGUCUUGCAUUAUCAGCACAGAAAUUUGCAGCUCCCUUGAUGCUUCAAAGUGCUACAUAGAAUUGCCUAUGGGGUUGUUUCUUUUACAUGAAUAUUUUUGUUUGUGCAAUUCCCGUGUGCACUUGUACUGUACUAUAAUUUUUUUACACAUGCCACUCCACAUUAUACAGUGGGAGUGUCUGUUUUUCGUCGCACCAGGUACAAUACAUUUGUUUGGUUAUUGUGAAUUCCUACACAAACAUCCUCAGUGAUACCUUUUAUGUUUCACAUGACUGUUUUCAAUAUGUUUUGAAUUGUUAUUGUUCAUGCAAGUACAUAAUAAACAAAAUUCAAUUUUAUGGACA